AUGAGUACCAAUACAGCGUCGUCAAGCACGGGGACGGGAGAUUCUUCCGCUACCAGGAAAAAUUCGAAGCGGCCUAAGUAUUCCAAGUUCACACAGCAGGAGCUUCCAGCUUGCAAGCCCAUUCUUACGCCUGGCUGGGUCAUUUCGACAUUUUUGAUAGUCAGUGUCAUCUUUAUCCCGCUUGGAGUUGUGGAGAUCGUUGAUCGCUAUGAUAAUGACUGUAUUCCUGCACCUGCUAGGACUAACAAAGUUGCAUUUAUUCAAGGAGCUGCACCUAAAGCUUGUAACCGAACUCUAACAGUGACAAAGCGUAUGAAGCAGCCUAUCUAUGUUUACUACCAGCUUGAGAACUUCUACCAGAAUCACCGAAGGUAUGUGAAAAGCCGAAGUGAUUCGCAGCUGAGAAGUCCCAAAUUCGAGAAUCAAAUUAGCGCAUGCAAGCCUGAGGAUGAUGCUGGUGGGCAGCCGAUUGUGCCAUGCGGUCUCAUUGCUUGGAGUCUUUUUAAUGACACAUACACCUUAUCAAGAAAUAAUACACCCCUAGCCGUCAACAAAAAAGGCAUUGCGUGGAAGAGCGACAAGGAGCACAAGUUCGGGAACAAAGUCUUCCCCAAGAAUUUUCAAAAGGGGAAUCUCACAGGUGGUGCCACUCUAAAUCCAGAUAUACCGCUUAGUGAACAAGAAGAUCUCAUCGUGUGGAUGAGAACUGCAGCAUUGCCAACAUUUAGAAAACUUUACGGAAAGAUAGAGACCGACCUUGAGAAUGGUGACACCAUACAGGUUACGCUGCAGAACAACUAUAACACUUACAGUUUUAGUGGGAAGAAGAAGCUUGUUUUGUCGACAACGAGCUGGCUGGGUGGGAAAAACGAUUUCCUCGGCAUUGCUUACCUGGCAGUUGGCGGAAUCUGCUUCUUUUUGGCCCUCGCAUUUACCAUCAUGUACCUUGUGAAACCCAGGCGACUUGGGGAUCCGUCCUACUUGUCAUGGAAUAGAAAUCCUGGAGGAGGUCGUUAA